AUGGAUCAGGCAUACUAUGACGAUUUGGAUAAACAAGAUAAAGACAUUAAAGAGCUUUCUGACAGGAUUGAGAAACAAGUAACGAUAAUGCAGAGGGCAUAUGAAAAACAAUUAUCUCUUAUAGAGCAAGCUAUUAAUAUAGAACGGGAAGUAAUGGUAGACCAUAAUAAUAAGAGAUGGGAAGCUUUAUAUAAACAACGCGACAAAGAAGAAGUAGCGCAUAUGGAAUAUAAAUUCGAGCAGCUAGAAGAACACAAGCAAGAGAUAGAAGCUAUAAUGUGGGAUCACCAUGAAAAAUAUCGUGAUGCGAAAAUAGAAUUGGAAUCAUUGAUUCAAGAAUUGCAAAAGGAAUUAGAAAAAUUAAAAUCAACUUGCAUAAUCAAUACAGAGAAAAUCGGUUACAACUAUCAGGUUUUGAAGAAACGUGAAGAGGAAAAUGUAUUUGUAAGAUCUCAACAAAAAAGGAAAUUGAAUAAAAUGUCCGAUGUUGCUAACUCGUUGCGGGCAAAGAUUCGUAAAGCAGCCGAAGAUGGUGCAAUUGAGGAAAUUAAAGCAGAUCAAGAAAUAGUGAAACUAAUGCAAGCUAUGGACGACUUGGAGAAAAAGUCUUUUCAUUUCUCUCAUGUCAACCACUACAAGUUUAGCCAGGUAUGGCGUAUGUCGACAGCAAGGUGCAGCCAAUUGGCUCGUGAGGUACGUCAGGCGGAAGUAGCGCUGCACGCACAUAUACUUUCAGAACCGCCACCUCCGCCGCCACCGCCCCCACCAAAAAGCCCCUUAUAUAAGCUUGAAAACGAAGAAGAGCCAACGAAUUCGUCAUCAGUCGUUAAGUACAAGGAAAAUGUGGACCCUGGAAACAUGUUGGCCGUGGAAGCAAAAGAUAGAUUGGUUCGUCAUAUUCUUCAACUAGUGGCAGAUAAUACAGGAUUUCUAGUUGAAGAUCGAUUAUUUAAACUCAUUGAGAAAUACCCAUUAUCUGCAAGAAAUCUGUGCACAUUGGACGCUAUAUUUAUGGCUCUAGAAAUACAAGCAGAAGAGGAUACAGAACUCCUGUGCAAAACAUUUCUGAAUUAUGCUUUUUGUCCUAUAUGUGUCGGUAUGGAAAUAGCAUCUGAGCAACUAGAAACUUCGUCCCAAGAUGACUGUCAAACUGUUUUGUCUCAACAAGUUAGCGUUAAAGGCACUCGUGGCGAAAGAAUGUCAAUGAGAGGACGUGCAAGCGUCGCAAGAAGUAUUUCUGCAAGUACUUCGAGAUCUAUACAUAUUGCCUUAAGAGGAACAGAAUUAUCACCUGCCGAUCAGCUACUCAUGGCAGAAGCCGAUGAAAUCAUACAGAAAUUCGGAGAAAAUACAGCUGCCACGUUAUCAGCCGGCGUGGUGCCAGAUGUGACAGGGACACGGACACGGACCGCGGGCACUCGCGGUGUGACCGUCUCAGCACAACCAGAAGUCUCCUCCAAGCAAAACCCUUUCCUUUGCCCUGUGGGUCAUUGUCUAGAAAUAGAACCAAUGCAAGUAUUGACAGCUUUAGGCGAAUUUAUAUCUGUUUUCGUCCCACCUGAGAAGAAAAAAUUAUACGAUUUACUGGAUAGCGUGAAACCACCCAAUUUUGAUACUCCAUCACGUAAACUUAAAACAGAUGAAAUAGAUCAGUAUUGGGCACAGUGGAAGAACAUGUUCCCACCUGAAAAAGACCGUUUCUGGGAUGGCCUUUUGACGGGUUUAAAUAAUUACUUGCCAAUAUUACAAGAACGUGAACGUCUACAUGAUGAGGUGGUAGUAUUGCGACGCAGGAAUGCUGCUUUGCGUCGUCUAGUACGGGGUGCACUGCCUGAAUUACCGCGGCCGCAGCCAAAGUAUGGACACCCCUAUCCACCUGGCUUCACCGCGCCCUACCCCGACGAAGCAUCGGAUCCAUAUGCUAGACUUCCUCCUAUUCAAUAA